AUGAACGGUCAUCCAUAUCACCCCAAUCAGCACUAUCAGCCGAGGCGAUACGAGAUCCCUGACACUCCCCAGCACAAUCUUGCCACCGACGCCGUCCAGGAGUCUCACCAACUCCUCGCCCAGUAUCCGUAUGGCUCCGCGACUCCUGCUAACCAUGUCGCAAGGCACUUAGGGAACCUCUCUAUAUCUGCUGCUCCGCCGUCCUACAUCCAGCCUUACGCCUCGGUUCCCUCCAAUGCCUCCUACCACCAGUCCCGAUUCCCCCAGUACCCGGAGUAUUCCCAGGAGUUUGCUCACCUCAUGAAUCCCCAGCAAUCGUCAUAUGCUGCAUCGUAUGUGGAGAAAACGAGGGAGGAAGUCGUGUACCAUUUAGCUGGACAGGGACCAAUGUACGCGAACUACCAAGCGCCUCCACAAUGGCCUCCAAUCCAGUCCCGCCACUCUACAUACCAGACAACUCCUUUCGCGCAGUCCGUGAUCCAGCAUACAUCCCCGUCAGCGUCCUACCCCACCCCUCCGCCCCCUGGAAUAUCCGCCUCCUCUUCCUCGCUUGCAGGCGCCCUUGGUCCUGCACCACCUAAGCCCAUCCGUCAAGUCUACCAGCCAAAAGACUCACCUGCGUUUUUCAGUAACUUCCUUAACCAGACGCCCGUUCAGCCACCACCGCGUGUGGCUACCGCGUCUCAUCCCCAACCCGUACGGUAUCACCAACAGCCAUCCACUGCGCUGUAUGAGCCACCGCCUCCCAGUCAGCAGUCGCGUUCAGCGCCCAUACCGCUCGCAGACAUUCCUCUUGUAGAUCUUGGCAGCCCAGACCCGCUCGAGAUCGCUCCGCCGGAGCCUGACCACUUGAAGGCGACUCCGAAGAAGCGCAAGGUCGAGCAGUAUCUCGAAUCUCCGAAGGUGAAGCGAGUGCAGGUCAAUGACUCAGUCAGGCCUUCUAUGUCUCCACUACAGUCCCGCCCACAGCAACAGCAAUCGCACCAGGCUCAGCAACAGCGGCACCAGCCGCAGCAGUCCCAGGCACGCUCACGACACCAGUACCCUUCCCAGUCUCAGCAGCGGCAACAACCUCAGUACAGGCAAACACCACCCCGACCGCAGAUUGAUCGCAAGCAGUCGUCUUUCGAGAUAGCCGUCCCAAGUCCCUCAAAACACAAGAAGCCUCACACUCCGCCGGCGCAUGGCUCGAAUAAUCACAAACCUGCUUCUUUCCAUUCGUCUUCUAGUUCCGGCUCAGGCUUUCCAUCUGGAUCUGGAUCUCAGCCAUAUGUCGCCGUUCCUCCUCAUCCGAAGGCUUAUCACACCCCGAAGUCUCAGAAGAAAGAGCGCUUAGAGGUCGUGAUCACUACGACGAGCUUGAGCACGAAGGGGAAGGGGAGGGUCAAGUCUGCUGACGAUGACGACGAUCUGGGAGGCUUUGGGAGCGAGGAUGACUCCACAUCUUUGUCCUUCAGCAGGAGUAGUGCAGGCGUCAAGUCGUCCGCUAAGAGAGCUACUGGUGACAGAGACGAGAGGGCUCCCAUAGAGAAGCUUGCUACCCUCUUGGAGGACAUUUUCGAAGCUGAAGAUGGACUACCGCCUGAUAUCGAGAUCGAAGAUCUUCCACUGGAAUGGUUCUCGCCCCUUUCAGUUCCUGGUGCUCCACCACUGCUACAUCCCAAUCUCGUCCGGAAGCUCGUCACGCACAUCACCAAGGCCGCGCGUCCUAGCAAGCGUCAUCGACUCAAUUCGCGCGACGCGAAUGGUCACGCUCAAGGGACGCCGAAGUUUAGAGGUCGGGUGGCGGACAUCGACACGGCCACGCUUUCGCGUAUUCUCAAGAUGCUGGAGCGAAGCAUCAGCGCUGGCGAGGACCUAGAUCCUUUCCCCUCGGUAGCAGGCAGCGGCGCAAGCUCGACGAAGACAGCUAAGACCAAGAAGGCUGCCAACGGCAAGAAGGCACAGGGAGAAACCAGGCGUUCGAAGUCGCAGUCUCCUGGAGAGGCUGGUGAUGGGGAUGCUAUGGAGGUGGAUGGUCCCUCAUCGGAACAACAAGUCGUGACAGAGCAGGACGUGGAGAACUUGACAAGGACGCUGGAACUGGCAAGGGACAGUGUGUUGGCGGCAGACUGCUGUAUUGCGUUGCUUGGAAGCGAUCGGUUGCCGAAGCAGUUGUACUCUGAGGAGCUCAUCACCGCCUCGCUCACUACCGUUAAGAAUCACCUCGUGAAGAUCCUCUACCCGUUUGUGGAGGCAUCGCCGGCGGAUGUGCAGCUGCCCGGUCUUCUUCGCGAGCUCAUCCAGCUGUCUGCGUCUCCGAGUAGUAUGCUUCGUCAAUUGCUCACCGAGAUUUUCCAAGCUGUCUCGUCUAUCCUGCCUAGGAUCAACGACCUCAUAUGUGCAGACACCAUGGCGAUGAGCGAGAGCAUCAUCAUACAGGGCGUUUACAUAGCUAUCGGGCCAUUCUUCGUCGUCGAGGCGGAGGGUGAGGGCAGAAGCAAGAAGGGUUCCUCUGCGAAUGGCGUGAUUUCUGCCUUGGGACAAACGGCAAUGAGGGCGUUGAGGCUGGAUGCUCUCGCAUUGAUCCGCAGUAUCUUCGCCAAUCACGAGGACCAGAGGCCGUGGAUAAUCGAGGAGAUCUUGUCAUCUCUUAUCAAGCUUUCCGACACGAAGCAGCGGGCUGGUCAAUUUCGACUACGGGAUGGUCGUUCGAUCCGGACUGUGUCCGCUCUGCUCAUGCAGCUCGUACAAACAUCCGCACAUGACGUGCGCGUGGAGGCCCAGGCAAUCCGCAAGGCGCGAGAGCAGGCGCUCGCCCUGCGACGCCAGGAGAGCUUCAACGAGAAGCCGCAGAAGGAGCCUUGGCUGGAUGAGCACGAUAAGGAAGAGAUUCGACUGUAUGCAUCAGGACUGGAUUCCGCGACCAAAGCUGCGAAGACGAUCAUCAUCUUCUUGACUCAAAGGUCCGGUAAGACGAAGACCACGAAGAAUUCGAAUGAGGCUGAAUACCGCGCAAUAUUCGACAAUCUCAUCUCGGAUCUUCUCGCUGUCUUGUUCUGGCCUGAAUGGCCUGCUGCUAGUCUCAUAUUGGGUCUGAUAUGCAAGUUUAUGGUGUCUUCGUUGGACGACAUCAAGUCGACUUCGCAGAACGACAACAACGCAGUGAAGACGCUUGCCCUUGACCAUCUAGGAGUCAUCGCUGCACACCUUCGGACGAGCAUGCUCAAGUUCAAGCGAGACUCGGGCGAGUUGGGGCUCACACCUCUGGACGAGGUUAUGAGCUCGCUCGAUGGCGAAAAGCUUCGGCAACUAGUCGCUGCACAUAGCGAUCUUCAGAAUAAUCUGUGCAGACGCUCUUCCGAAGACCAAGCAUUCUAUAGCGCGCGUGAACUGACCGCCGUCAUGUGGGGGCACGAACUUGCACUCACCCUACAACACUGCGAGAGGCUUCUUUCGGAAGACGCCGAUAUAGACCGCAAGGCGGUAAAAUCCCUUGCGAGGCAGGAGAAGGGCGCCAUGCGGGAGAUCUGGGAUGAGCCAUCUGGAGAUAUAUUCGAACUUGGUACUUCACAGGAGGAGCUCGCCAGGAUCGACCGUCUCUCCGAGGAGAUCGGCAUUUGUCAGAGCUUGAGGAACUCGUUCAACCCGAUACUGGCGGUGGUACUGCAAGCGUUGGAUGCUCCUCCGGUCUUCAUGAGGACAAAAGCUCUGAAAGCGCUUGGUCAGAUCGUCACCAGCGAUCCGAGUAUCCUCUCUGCGCCCAACGUUAGAAGAGGCAUCGAGGAUCAUCUCCUGGACAGCUCCCCUGCCGUCCGCGAUGCCGCUGUAGAGCUCAUCGGAAAGUAUAUUGUCGACUCGCCUAGGUUUGCUGCGGAUUACUACCAGAAGAUCGCCGAUCGUAUAGCUGACACCGGUUUGGGCGUACGCAAACGAGUCAUCAAAUUGCUCAAAGCAUACUAUAGUGUCACAGAAGAUAGGAGCGCCCGCAUCGAUAUUUGCACCCGCAUCGUGCUUCGCAUGCUUGAUGAGGACGACACAGUCAAGGACCUUGCCGUGAAGAAUAUGGAGGAGCUUUGGUUCACGAAUGCCGUUCUAGCUGUCAAGUCCACUCAAGAUGGCAAAAUGGAGUUAUUGACUAAAGUAGCAAUCAUCAUGGGUGUCGCAGCUCAGUUCAAGGAUAAGCAAUCUCCUCUCGAGGAUCUCCUGCAUCGCAUCAUGGCGGACAAGCCGGAGCAUGAUAGGUCUGCAUUGCAUCAGCGAUACGUGGAGGUCUGUGAGACUUUGAUCGACGGGCUGGUCGAUGCGUCGGACCUGCCAGGCUUCACCAUAUUGAACUGUGUGCAAACCAUCUAUCUCUUCACCUCUGCUUACCCGGCAGUGCUUUCCGGGUCGAACGCAGCAACCCUUCUUCCUUACUUGAAGAAUGCGGGCACACCCGAGGAGCAGGCUACAUCAGACUACUUACUUCGCAUCUUCCGAGCGUCUAUCCCCCACAUGCCCAAGACCGCGGCUAAGUUUGGACAGGAACUACAGCUCGCUCUCCAACCGAUGAUUCUGAAGCCGUCCGCUGCUGCCGGUGUGCUGGGCUUGCAAGAGACUGUCGCGUGCAUUUGCGCCACUGUCCAUUAUCUUACGCAUGACUUUAGUCGCUUAGUGGCGCUGUUGCGAUCGUGCAAUGCUCGUCUGCAGCAGAGCAUUCAGAAACCCGCUGCUCAGACCUUGGCUCCACCUGAGCAACGCACUCUGACCGUAUUGCUCUUCAUCACAUCCCUCUUGUGCGAACAUUGUAACUUCGACCGUCUUCGCUCCGAGGAAGAGAAGUACAAGGAAGAUAUCGAUAAGAUUGCGAAGGGCUCUGUGACAGAGCACGUCUAUAUGUGUCUUCUCAAACUGUACGACAAGUACCAGGAUCAGGGCUUGAGAGGCCGUAUUCUGCAGUGUCUAGGUUUCUUGUUCCGUGCGCAACCUGCCUUAAUGACCGCAGAGCCCUCUGCGAAGAUUAUGGACGCGAUAUUCUCAUCGUCGUCCGAGGAAGCGCGUGGCCGUCUAUUGAAGAUAUUGCAGGAUUUCUUGGUCACGGAAGCGGCAAAGCAUGCUGCCAACGAGAAAGCUUCAGCAAGCGCCAAAGGCAAGGUGGUCACAGGCAAGGUGAACAUGGAGGAGCUGAUCGGAAACACUGAUGGCUUUGCGGACUCCGGAGUCAGCUCUGUUAUCGUUCAGCGAUAUUUGGAACCAAUUCUCGACGCCGCUCUGUCGCAGACCGCACAGAUACAAUCUGCUGCCGUCGAUAUCCUCACUUUCACAAUCAAACAGGGUUUGGUUCACCCUUUGCAAUCGUUCCCCGUCAUCGUAGCCCUCGAGACAAGUCCAAACCACCAUCUCAGCGCGAGGGCCAGCGCAUUGCACGCGAUCCUCCAUGCGAAACACACUUCUCUCUUGAAUGCUCGUUAUGUUAACAGUGCGCGCGCCUCCUUCGACUACCAGAAACGACUCGCUGCAGGAGCCGUCAAGGGGUAUCGCUUGAAUCCAACGCCUUCCGCUUUGUUACAUAGAUGGUAUACGCUCGCCCGUGAGAAGCGCGCCACGCGACAGGACUUCCUCCGAGCCUUGGUCAAGGUAUUCGACGUAGAGCUUGGGAAAUCUUCACAGGAUGAUAUCGACUUCACGCGGUACAUGUCCGAGAACUUCGCCUCCUUUGAAUACAAGACGCAGGAAGAAGUCCUCACGGUGACCAAAUCCCUGACAUCGGUUCUGUCUACGACAGGGAUGCAAUUAGUCGAGAUUCUUUCGCCAUCGCAUUUGAUCACUCAAUUACACGGCCCCGACCAUCUUCCGCAAACGCCUGUCGCCCCCGUCGCGCCGGAGAUGGCGAUGGAUGUAGAUACGGGGACGCUGCAGAUAGCCCAGUCUAAACCUCCGCAUGCUGUUCUUCCUCCGGCUCGCUGUCACGACAUGGGAAUACUGCGCAGCUCGGUCAUUGUGGCGAUGGUCAUGCUCUUGAAGGCCCAUCUCAAGACGCUCUACGGCCUGUCUGAGGAGAAAUGCGCCAAAUUCGUGGUCGGGAAGAAGAGCGCUGUGGGAGACAGGCCCGCGACCCGUAAACAUGAGCGACCGUUGUCGUGGGAGCCCCUUCCAUUCGCUACCGCUCCAGUGGUCACCAGUGAGGAUGCCCGGGAUCAAUGUGCUAGAUUCUUAGAGAUAUGGAGUGAAGACGGCGUCGCCGCAGAACCCGAGGACGAUAUGGCUCCGUAA